CUGCCGGAGCCUGGGCUCCCUCCUCUCGGCCGGCCCCGCCCAGGCGGCUGCCCGGGACCUGCCCGGCGCAGGGAACGGAAAGCCGGAAGGGGCAAGCCGAGUUCAGUUCACCAUGGGGCUGUUUGGGAAAACCCAGGAGAAGCCGCCGAAAGAGCUGGUCAAUGAAUGGUCAUUGAAGAUAAGAAAGGAAAUGAGAGUAGUUGACAGACAAAUAAGAGAUAUCCAAAGGGAAGAAGAAAAAGUGAAACGCUCCGUGAAAGAUGCUGCCAAGAAGGGCCAGAAGGAUGUCUGUGUGGUCCUGGCCAAGGAGAUGAUCCGGUCGAGGAAGGCCGUGAACAAGCUGUAUGCCUCCCGAGCGCACAUGAACUCGGUGCUCAUGGGGAUGAAAAACCAGCUCGCGGUUCUGCGAGUGGCUGGCUCCCUGCAAAAGAGCACAGAAGUGAUGAAAGCCAUGCAGAGUCUUGUGAAGAUCCCAGAAAUCCAGGCCACCAUGCGGGAGCUCUCCAAAGAGAUGAUGAAGGCUGGGAUCAUAGAAGAGAUGUUGGAGGACACUUUUGAAAGUAUGGAUGAUCAGGAGGACAUGGAAGAAGAAGCAGAAAUGGAAAUCGACAAGAUUCUGUUUGAAAUUACAGCAGGGGCUUUGGGAAAAGCACCCAGCAAGGUGACCGAUGCCCUUCCGGAGCCAGAACCCCCAGGGGCGAUGGCCGCCUCCGAAGAGGAGGAGGAGGAGGAGGAAGAGGCCCUGGAGGCCAUGCAGUCCCGGCUGGCCACGCUCCGCAGCUAGGAGCCGCCCAGCGAGCCCUCGCUCUGCCCCCGGCCACCCUCCGGGAGCACACGCACUCCUGCAGCCGCUGCCCGCUCGUGUGUCUCUUCUUGCACUACACCUCUGCCGUGAGGCAUCGCAUCUGGGGAAGGUUCUCUGCUCACAUCUGUCCACUCCCUGCAGAGGUUUGGGGCCUGUCGUAGAUCUCAAAGGGAGUAUUACUGUAAGACAUGGUGUAAUUAAAUGCAUUCUUUUCAGGGGUAUAAACAAAUAUCUUACUGGGAGGAGGGCAAAGAAUUCUGUCUUCUCACAAAGUAUUUCUGAGAACAGAGUUGAUUGCCCAAAUGUGGGAGACUAUACUUUUUUUUUUUUUCUGGAAAACACUAUAUAAAAGGAUUUUAAUAAAUUUCUGCUUUAACACUUGGU